CUUUAUCUUCACCAGUGGUCACACAACAGCGGUUCACUAUGAGGGAGCUUGGCAUAAUUUUAUUCAUUUUUGCGCUGAACCACAACAUUCAGGCCCAAACUCGUAAACCAGAGGCCUGCACUCUCAAACAAGAUGAAGGAACAGGAAACGACGUUGUGGUUUAUAUGUAUUAUGAUGCAGAUAAAGACAGCUGCUAUCCUUUUCGAUACAAUGGCGAGGGUGGCAAUUCAAACCGUUUCAUAACUGAGAAGCAGUGCAUGAGAAACUGUUCACACCGAGCUGACAAGCUGUUUCCUAUGGAUGGAAAACAGAUUUGCGUGCUUCCCAGAGAGCCAGGACAAUGUUUCGGUCACUAUCUCCGGUAUUACUACAGCCCUGAGCAUCACACAUGCAAGCCGUUCUAUUGGACUGGUUGUGUGGGCAAUGGAAACCGAUUCCUAUCACUUAAUCGUUGCAAUGCCACUUGUUACAACUCAGCAGAUCAAGGCCAUGAGGACUAUUCAGGUGAAUCUGAUGUACCUGUUGGAAUUAUCCUGGGUGUAGUGUUUGGUCUAAUUGGUGCCAUUAUUCUCAUUGUGGUGAUCGUUUUUGCUGUCAAGAAGCCUAGCUCAAAGAAACGUGAGAAAAAAGAUGGAAAGUCAACAGAGCAACCACUGAAGGAGCAGGCAAUUGAGAUGGAAGGAGGGGAAGCACAGCCAGCCACUCUUGAAAUCUCUACAAUCCAAACUUAAAAACUGUUGAACUCACAUUUGUACAUUAAACACUUUGGCCGAUCAUUGUUUACUUUUUUAGAACAGGUUAAUUUGACAAAUAAAAAAGUACAAAAUA